AUGAGCACAGCGACGCUUCAACCGUCGCAGCAACAGCCGCCACCGCGGGCUGCCUCAGCUCAAGGCCAUAGACAAUACCUGCGAUCCAGCAACCCACACAAUUCGAGGAGCGCCUCCCAUCCUCAUCCCAGCCGCCAAUAUGAAAAGGACUUGGUGCUCAAACACGCUGAUGCCGCCAAGGGAAAGGAGGUGUUGCCCCCGGAAGAGAUCACAAAGGAUCCAGAGAACAAACAACUGGGCCAUUCGUCCCGCCAUCUGAGAAUCACCGAUUUUGAGCUGAUGCGCACCCUUGGAACUGGCACCUUUGCCCGAGUCUGGCUUUGUCGCUUCGCCGAUCCUCUCCCACAAGAUAGGGACAAAGUCUUUGCCCUCAAAGUGCUCAAGAAAGUCGACGUUAUCAAACUAAAACAAGUCGAACACGUUCGAAAUGAGCGAGAUGUUCUCGCUGCAGUUGCUGGUCAUCCUUUUAUAACUACAUUGAUUACCUCAUUCUCCGAUGAAACGUCCCUCUAUAUGCUACUGGACUACACUCCAGGUGGAGAAAUAUUCUCAUAUCUCAGGCGGGCUCGCCGCUUUCCCUUCGCUACUGUCCAGUUUUACGCUGCGGAGAUUACCCUCAUACUGGCCUAUCUACAUGAGGUCCAGUUUGUUGCAUACCGCGACCUCAAGCCGGAAAACAUUUUACUCGAUGUCGAUGGCCACUUGAAACUCGUGGACUUUGGCUUCGCCAAAUAUUUACCGCCUGUUCCUGAGCAGAGUUCUGGCAAUACUCAGAACAGCAGUCCCCCUCGGCCAGGGACCGAACAUCCCGAACCACAAGCAAGUGGAGCAGGUGUUACUUAUACCCUCUGUGGUACACCCGAGUAUCUCGCUCCAGAGGUGAUACGCAACACCGGUCACGGUACAGCAGUCGAUUGGUGGGCGCUCGGUAUCUUGGUUUAUGAGAUGCUCAUCGGACAGCCGCCGUUCUGGGAUCAGAAUCCCAUGCGUAUUUAUGAGCAGAUUGUUGCAGGUCACAUCCGCUUUCCAACUAUCCAUCCAGCACAUCAAGGCCUUCGUCACAGCCUCCAUGUCCCAAGAGCAGCGCGAGAUUUCAUUCUUGCACUGUGUAAAACCGACCCUACUCAACGUCUGGGCCACAUUGCUGGGGGAAGCAAACGGGUGAUGGAACAUUACUUCUUUGAUGGUAUCGAUUGGGACGAGAUUUACUAUCGGAGAAAAAGAGGACCAAUUAUACCUAGAGUCGAAUGGGCAGGAGAUGCCGGCAAUUUCGACGAAUAUCCCGAUCCCAUCGAAGGAGAAGAGAGCGAAGGCGGCAGAGGGAGAUAUACCGACGAAUUACGUGACGAAUGGGAAGAUGCUUUCAAAGACUUCUAG